UCUGGGCAACGGCUCUUCUCUCUCUCUCUCUUUCUAUUAUACACAACUUUUCAGACUACUUUCAAACUAAAGUCUUCUCUUUUUCAAAAUACACCCCCCCCCCCCUUCUCCUCUUUUUCUCGCUUCGAGCUUCAGAUUUCAUUAUUAUGGAUUUUCCAUUUCUAACACCUGUAAUCAUAGCAAUUACUUCUACCAAAACCCCACCAUUUUCUUCAUUAUAACUUUACUCUUUUUUUUUUCAAGAUCUGUAUUGAUUGGUGAACUUGCUACUACUCCACAUUGGACUUCACACUUUUAGUCCAAAGUGAAAAACUAAGCUCAAAUCUGCAUUUUUUCAUCAAGAAAUCGAAAUGGGUGUGUGGAAUUUGAUCUUUUUGGCUCUAUUUACAACGACCAUUUUCAGUAAAAGCUGUCUUUCACUAACUCCAGAUGGUUCUGCAUUGUUGGAAAUGAAAACCCUUUUGAAUGAUACCAAGAAUGUUUUGAGCAACUGGAAUGAUUCGGAUGAGUCACCUUGUAGGUGGACUGGCAUUUCUUGCUAUCCCAAUGACCAAAGAGUUCAAUCUAUCAAUUUACCUUAUAUGGAACUUGGAGGAAUUAUAUCUCCUAGCGUUGGUAAACUCACCAGAUUGCAGAGAUUGGCACUUCACGAAAACAGUCUGCACGGCGUGAUUCCUAAUGAGAUUGGCAAUUGCCCUGAACUCAGAGCUAUAUAUCUCAGGGCGAAUUUUCUUCAAGGAGGCAUUCCAUCAGAUAUUGGAAAUCUUUCAAUGCUGACCAUAUUAGACUUAUCAAGCAAUUCACUUAGGGGUGCUAUACCUUCUUCUCUUGGUCGUCUCAGACACCUUCAUCUUCUCAACUUGUCAGCCAAUUUCUUCUCGGGUGAGAUCCCAGAUGUUGGAGUUCUGAGCACUUUCGGUAACAAGUCGUUUAUUGGCAAUUUAGAUCUCUGUGGUCAACAAGUCCGCAAGCCUUGCAGAACAUCAAUGGGAUUCCCUGUAGUAUUGCCUCAUGCUGAAAGUGAUGAAGCUGCAGUCUCUACGAAGCGAUCCUCUCACUAUAUUAGAGCAGCAGUUAUUGGUGCAGUAUCUACAUUGGGUUUUGUACUCAUUGUGCUCUUUAUUUUCCUCUGGGUGUGGUUGUUAUCUAAGAAGGAAAGGACAGCGAAAAAAUAUACAGAAGUCAAGAAACAAGUCCACAAAGAGCCAAGUGCCAAGCUUAUUACUUUCCAUGGCGAUCUUCCUUAUCCUUCAUGCGAGCUAAUAGAAAAGAUUGAAUCCCUUGAUGAGGAAGAUAUUGUUGGGGCAGGAGGGUUUGGUACUGUGUAUCGGAUGGUUAUGAAUGAUUGUGGAACAUUUGCUGUUAAACGAAUAGACCGGAGUCGUGAAGGCUCUGAUCAAGUCUUCGAAAGAGAGUUAGAAAUCUUGGGUAGCAUCAAACACAUUAAUCUGGUCAAUCUACGAGGUUACUGCAGGCUUCCUACUGCAAGGCUUCUCAUCUAUGAUUAUUUGGUCAUGGGAAGCUUGGACAAUAUCCUACAUGAACGUGUGGAUGAUCGGUUGUUAAACUGGAGUGCACGUCUGAAAGUAGCUCUUGGUUCUGCAAGAGGGUUGGCCUACCUACACCAUGACUGUUGUCCUAAAAUAGUUCAUCGUGAUAUUAAAUCAAGCAACAUACUCCUUGAUGAGAAUCUAGAGCCUCGUGUUUCUGACUUUGGUCUUGCUAAGCUUUUGGUGGAUGAGGAAGCUCAUGUCACGACUGUGGUUGCGGGUACUUUUGGUUAUUUAGCACCAGAGUACUUGCAAAGUGGAAGAGCCACAGAGAAAUCUGAUGUGUACAGCUUUGGAGUUCUCCUUCUAGAGCUUGUGACUGGAAAAAGGCCAACAGAUCCAUCCUUCGUGAGCCGAGGCCUAAAUGUGGUUGGCUGGAUGAAUACCUUGCUGAAGGAGAAUAGACUGGAAGACAUCCUAGAUACGAGUUGCAGAGAUGCAGAUGCAGAGACAGUAGAAGCAAUUAUAGAAAUAGCUGCAAGAUGCAUUGAUGCAAAUUCAGAUGAUAGACCUUCGAUGCAACAAGUGCUGCAAUAUUUGGAGCAAGAGGUCAUGUCACCAUGCCCGAGUGAUUUCUAUGAUGAGUCUCAUUCAGAUUAUUCUUGAUGUAUGGAAUAGCUUCCAGGGACCAAAUAUUUAGAAACAAAUUGCAGCUUGAUUCUGAAAUAUGUAGUCUGCCAUCGUAGAUACUGCGUAUGCUCCUUACUUUUGGAGCCCUGCUGCUUUUCUUCCUAAUGGUCUUUGUGCAUCACUUGUACCUUUUUGUGUAGAUAACUUCAGAUUCUUGCAGUUAGUUGAAAAGCUACACUGAUGAGUCCUAACUGCCCAUGUCAUUAUGCAGUAUUUAUAAUUUAUU